AUGAGCAUCCGUCGAAAUGACGUCCCGGACUAUGGAACCGGUAUCCUCCCGGUGAUACCUCCUGACGCGGCGCUGCCAGACCGCGAUCCUCGCAGCAAUGCCGCAACGGCUGCCUCAGCAGCUGGUGUUCGCGCCUUGAGCACCCAGCUUAUCGCCUUUUACUUCCGCGCGCCUGCAAAGGCUUUCUUCAGAACCCGUGUGGACUAUCUCGCCUACGCGAGAACUAUUCACCAGACGCAGACGAAGCUUAUGAUGAAGGCUGCUGCAAACGACGCUUCUGCUUCUGCAUUUACCACAUUUAUGCGCCAAAGUUGGCUACUGUUGAGAAGUACGACACCUGGAGUGUUAACGUCAGCUAUCAAGCAUCAAGGAUGGGGAAUUGUGCCGAAUCAGAUUUUACCGCCGCUUAUUGCGAAUGUCGGCGUCGGUGCAGUUUUGUACACCAGUUAUCUCCAAAUCCUAGGACGACUCCAUGAAGAAAGCGGCCAAGCGCGGACAAGAGUAUAUCCACCACCUCACCCAACACACACCUUCACAGCUGGUCUACUUGCCGGAGGCCUUCAAAGCGUAUUGGCAGCACCCUUGGAUGCCCUUCAAGCACGUUAUGACCAUCGGGAUUUGAUGCCGAACGACGGUAGCGGUAAACCCAGAAGUAUGUGGGCAUUUGGUUCAGAAAAGCUUCGCGAAAUCGGACUCAAAGGAAUAUUUGCAGGCUGGAGCCUUUCUCUGGCAAAAGACAGUUUGGGAAGCGCCGUAUUCUUCAGCACGUUCGAGUAUGUCAAGGCCCAGGGCUACUACCGCUUCGUUACAUGGUACUACGGCGGUCUGGCCGAGGACAUUGUCGACGUGCUAGCCAUGAAGCGUCCGACACACGAACACCGUCAGGACGAAGGUAUCAGACUGAUUAGACCCCACUACGCCCUCGAGCCCAUGUUUCUCCUUUUCGCUGGUAUCAGCGCCUCUUUCAACCAACAAAUCCUUCUGCAUCCUUUGACACACUUCCAAGUCAAGCACUGGGACCAUCUAGAAGACCUCGACGCCAAAGCCGCCAAGCUUCGUGCCUCCAGAGUAGCCAACCCAGAAAAGCCACAUCGGCGGUGGAGGAUGAUGCGUGCCUACUACCAUGCUUACCAAGAAUCAUUGGCGGUAUGUAGAGGAGAGGCAGCAAGCGAAGGGUUGUCUCUAUCGAAAUGGCUGUACCGUGGGUUCUGGUGGAAUGCAAUCCGCCAAGUGCCCAGCACAAGUGCGGGUUUGAUCAUAUUUGAGCUGAUACGACGCAAGUAUGGACUUGGACAGGAAGAGGUCAGGAUUACAAAGGAUGGAUAUGACAUUCUCCUUCACUAG